UCGAAAUUAGAAAUGUACUGAAAUUCAUGAAAAAACCGAUAUUACACCAAUAAUGCGCACUUUGAACUUGAACUAAAUCAUUUAAUGGCGGCAUCUAAGGAAGUAGUUGUAAAAGAGGAAGAUUUAUGUUGUUAUAUCUGUUUGGAAUUAUAUGAUAAACCUAGAACAUUGCCGUGUUUACAUUCGUUCUGUCAUAUUUGUUUAGUCGGGUACACUAAACGAGCCUUUGAAAGAAGAAAGCAAACCAUUAGCUGUCCUGUAUGUAGAGCGGUCACAAAACGCGUCGGCAAUGUAGAGAAGUGGGUGGAGAAUUUACCUAUUAAUUUUACGCUAGUUUCAAUUUUAAGAAACAAGAAAAUAAGCAUGUCUAAUGUAGGAAAUAAAUGUGACCAAUGCCUUAGAGACAAAAUGGAAGCAUCUGCGACCAUCUAUUGUUACGAGUGUUCUGAAAAGUUAUGUGAAAAAUGUAAAGAAAUACACAAGAAAGUUCAAUUUUUAUCAAAUCAUAGGCUGUGUGAUAUUAAAAACAAACAAGAUAAUGUUGCUAAACUUGAACUUUUAAAGUCUCUCACAAGAUGUCCAGAGCACCCCUCGGAUGAAGUUCGAUACAUCUGCAGCGAUCAUGACCAACUUUGUUGUAAUGAAUGCGCAAUUGUGUCACAUAGAAAAUGUAAUCAAAUGGUCUCUAUAGCCAAAGAGCAGGCCAAAACAGAAAGUGCAGCCGAAGGCACAAGUGACAGAUUAACAGAGCUGACCAAAAGUCUGGAAACGUUCAUCGAGUACGAAGAUCAACACCUGUCAAGUAUUUGAUUUUAAAGGAAAGUGAGCUUCAAAAAACAGAAAUUGAAUCUUUGUUUUCCGAUGUGAAACUUUCGACGGCCAAAAUGGAAACGGCGAAAGAAUUCGGCCAACCUCUCCAUUUGUUUCUUAUACAGAGGAUCUUGAGA